AUGAGCACUUUCACCAACGUCGCCCUCCUCGGCAAAGGAUACCUUGGGUCCGCUAUCCUUACGGAGCUUGUGGAAGCUGGUUUCAAUGUCACUCUCCUCAGUCGCUCCGAGUCAGCAAAGGAGGGACUUCCCGGCAGCGUCAAAUUUACGAUUGUCGACUACACCUCUCUUGACGCGCUUGUGGCCGCUCUCAGGGGCCAGGACGUAGUCGUCUCGACUGUGAGCGGGGGUGGCCUGCUCGCGCAGACGACCGCCAUCGACGCGUCCAUCAAGGCCGGCGUCAAACGCUACAUUCCAUCCUACUGGGGCUCCUUCACGAUCGACCCGAAGGCGCGCAACGAUCUGGCCGAUCUCCACGGACCGAUAUUCGACGCCCAGAAAUACGUCACCGAGAAGGCUCGCGCCGGCGAGAUCGAGUACACAAUGUUCUCUGUCGGCAGCUUCACCGACUAUUUUACCGAGCGCCCCUUUGCCGCCUUUGACUUUGACGACAAGAGUGUAGAGCUCUUUGAUGGCGGCAAGCACUCCUUCAGCAGCACCAGCAUCGCGGGCAUCGGGAAGGCCGUCGUCGGCGCGCUCAGGAAUGCCGAGGCCACCAAGAAUCGACACCUCAAGGUUCAUGAAGUCGUGCUCUCUCAAGCACAGCUUCUGGCUCUUGCCAAGAAGUAUUCGCCGGCGGGAACUCAAUGGAAGGAGACCAAUCUGGACGGCAAGGCCGAGUUCGACAAGGCCUUGAAGGCUGUCCUAGAGGAUCCCUCCGACAAGUACAAGAUAAUCAAAGUCAUGUUGACUGGUCUCAUGGGGGGGCGCUACAAAACUGUGUAUGACGAGGUUGACAACGAGCUGGUGGGCCUUCCCUUUGUUACCGAGGAGGAUAUAGAGUCAAAAUUGGCAUCUGCCCUCCGUUCUUAG